AUGAAUCCCGAUCUGGACACCGGCCACAACACAUCAGCACCUGCCCACUGGGGAGAGUUGAAAAAUGCCAACUUCACUGGCCCCAACCAGACCUCUAGCAACUCCACACUGCCCCAGCUGGACAUCACCAGGGCCAUCUCCGUGGGCCUGGUGCUGGGCGCCUUCAUCCUCUUUGCCAUCGUGGGCAACAUCGUGGUCAUCCUGUCGGUGGCCUGCAACCGUCACCUGCGGACGCCCACCAACUACUUCAUCGUCAACCUGGCCAUUGCAGACCUGCUGCUGAGUUUCACCGUGCUGCCCUUCUCGGCCGCCCUGGAGGUGCUCGGCUACUGGGUGCUGGGACGGGUCUUCUGUGACAUCUGGGCCGCCGUGGACGUCCUGUGCUGCACGGCCUCCAUUCUGAGCCUGUGCGCCAUCUCUAUCGAUCGCUACAUUGGGGUGCGCUACUCUCUGCAGUACCCCACGCUGGUCACCCGGAGGAAGGCCAUCUUGGCGCUCCUCAGCGUCUGGGUCUUGUCCACAGUCAUCUCCAUCGGGCCUCUCCUUGGGUGGAAGGAGCCCGCGCCCAAUGAUGACAAGGAAUGUGGGGUCACUGAAGAACCUUUCUACGCCCUCUUCUCCUCCCUGGGCUCCUUCUACAUCCCUCUGGCGGUCAUUCUGGUCAUGUACUGUCGCGUGUACAUCGUUGCCAAGAGGACCACCAAGAACCUGGAGGCCGGAGUCAUGAAGGAGAUGUCCAACUCCAAGGAGCUGACCCUGAGGAUCCACUCCAAGAACUUUCAUGAGGACACCCUCAGCAGUACCAAGGCCAAGGGCCACAACCCCAGGAGUUCCAUAGCUGUCAAACUUUUUAAGUUCUCCAGGGAAAAGAAAGCAGCCAAGACCUUGGGCAUUGUGGUCGGUAUGUUCAUCUUGUGCUGGCUACCCUUCUUCAUCGCUCUGCCGCUUGGCUCCCUGUUCUCCACCCUGAAGCCCCCCGACGCCGUGUUCAAGGUGGUGUUCUGGCUGGGCUACUUCAACAGCUGCCUCAACCCCAUCAUCUACCCAUGCUCCAGCAAGGAGUUCAAGCGCGCCUUCGUGCGCAUCCUCGGGUGCCAGUGCCGCGGCCGCCGCCGCCGCCGCCGCCGCCGUCGCCUGGGCGGCUGCGCCUACACCUACCGGCCGUGGACGCGCGGCGGCUCGCUGGAGCGCUCGCAGUCGCGCAAGGACUCGCUGGACGACAGCGGCAGCUGCCUGAGCGGCAGCCAGCGGACCCUGCCCUCGGCCUCGCCGAGCCCCGGCUACCUGGGCCGCGGCGCGCCGCCGCCCGUCGAGCUGUGCGCCUUUCCCGAGUGGAAGGCGCCUGGCGCGCUCCUGAGCCUGCCGGCGCCCGAGCCCCCAGGCCGCCGCGGCCGCCACGAUUCAGGCCCGCUCUUCACCUUCAAGCUCCUGUCGGAGCCCGAGAGCCCCGGGACCGACGGCGGCGCCAGCAACGGCGGCUGCGAGGCGGCGACCGACGUGGCUAACGGGCAGCCGGGCUUCAAAACCAACAUGCCCCUGGCGCCCGGGCAGUUCUAG